AUUCUAUCCAGAAGAGUGAUAAGUACGGAGGGGCCCCAUUAAUAACUAGCAUAGAGCUAGAGUAGCCAUCGAUGAUUCACCACUGCAGACUUCCUUAGCCGCCCAGGCAGAUUUGAAGAUGGCCACAGCUUGCUUGCUGCUCCUGCUGCUGAAAAUCUGUGGCAUCUGUUCCGAGGAGGAAACCAGGAGCCCGUGGGGGUGGGAGGGCCAAUGGCCAAGAAAUGAUUCUCAGUUCCAGAAGGAAGGUUGGAAGCAAAAGCUACCGAGCAGCAUCAUCAUAGGGGUACGCAAAGGGGGCACCCGGGCCCUGCUGGAGAUGCUGAGCCUGCACCCCCAAGUGGCAGCGGCCCAUUCCGAGGUCCACUUCUUCAACUUAGACGAGAAUUACCAGAAGGGAUUGGGAUGGUACAAGCAACAGAUGCCCCUUUCACAUCCUACACAAAUCACAGUGGAAAAGACACCGGGGUAUUUCUCCUCCUCAAAGGCCCCCGAAAGAAUCUACACCAUGGACAGCUCCAUGAAGCUGCUCCUGAUUGUGCGGGACCCUGUGGAGCGGCUUGUGUCGGAUUACACUCAGAUCCUGCACAACCGCAAGGCGCAGCACAAGCCCUACCAGACUCUGGAGCAGAUCCUCUUGCGGAACAGCCAGGAGCUCAACACCAGGUACAAAGCAGUGCAGCGCAGCCUCUAUGCCCUGCACCUGGCUCGGUGGCUGGAGUUCUUUCCCAGCAGGCAGAUCCACGUGGUGGACGGAGGUGGCCUGAUCCGGGAGCCACUUUUCGAAAUGCGCCACGUGGAAACCUUCUUGGGACUAGAGCCUUACCUCGGGCCAGAGAACUUUUACUUCAACCAGACAAAGGGCUUCUACUGCCUGCAGGUGGGGGGGCACCAGCACUGCCUGGACCAGUCCAAAGGGCGGACCCAUCCGACAGUCGAUGAACUCCUGCUGGAGAAACUCUGCACUUACUUCAGCGAGCACAAUGAGAACUUCUUUGCCAUGGUAGGGCGGACCUUCAACUGGUGCUGA